AUGUUGAAACAACAUUCCAUCAAUGUCCGUUUGAUACAAGCUUUGGAGCAAAUGCUAGGUGCCAUUUCUACGAGGUCACUGGUACAAAAGAAAGAGGAUCCUGGAGCUUUAAAUAUUCCAUGCACCAUUGGUAAGAUCCACUUUGCGAAAGCUUUGUGUGAUUUGGGUGCCAACAUUAACUUGAUGCCAUUGUCAAUUUAUAAGAAGUUCGGUUUAGUGGAUCCUAAACCAAAUGUGAUGCGCUUACUUAUGGAUGAUAGAACUAUGAAAAUGCUCAUUGGAGUGCUUCAAGAUGUCCUUGUGAAAGUGGAGUCAUUCAUUUUUUCGACGGACUUUGUGAUACUUACUUACGAUGUUGACUUUAAGGUCCCCAUCAUAUUAGGGAGACCAUUCCUUGCUACUGGGCGUGCCUUAGUCGAUAUGGAGAGAGGGCAGAUGAAGUUUCUACUGAAUAAGGAGGAGGUGACCUUUAACGUCUGUAAGUCUAUGAGGCAGGAAAGUGAUCUUAAUUCAGUAUAUGUGGUGAGUCACACUUUAGGAAAAGGUGUUGAAGUGUUUAGUAAGGAGAGGGAUGAAAAGAGCACCAUUGACGAUGUUGUAAGAGUUGAUGAUAGCACUACUGAGGUUUCUGAGAGGGUAGAUGGGAGCACUACUAAUGGGGUUCCGAGUGCUAAUCCAGCGGGCUCCGGGAAAUCGGACCCACCCGCUGCUUGA